AUGCGAGACGGCCACAAAGAAGUUCGACAACCGCAAGUUCCGACGUUGCACGGGACCCGUGGAUACGUGUUGAAGUGUACUUGCUUGACAUGCCCGUAUAACAUUGUCAUCGCGAGGAAAUAUAGCAAGAAACAAGUUGGAGGGGAAUAUUUCACUGUGAAAUUCUCUGCCUCAACUCUUUAUCACCAUGAUUGUACGUCCCAACGGGAAGUAUCUGUUGCGUACCUGAUAGGUCUGCCCUGUUUCCGCAUUAUGCUUCGUCACCUCCUCAAAAUGCAACACGGUGUCGCAGCCAGUGAAGUGGAAGCUGACAACCAACGCUUCUUGAAAUAUCUCCGCUACAAAUGGCAGACAGACGAUAGCUUAGAGAGUACAUACGAGAAGCGAGUUAUGAGAGAAGGACAGGUGCCAAUUCAGGAAGAUAGCACAUCAUGUGCAAUAUUUCUGUGUGUAAUCGCCAACAAUGUAGCUGCUGGAGAGGGCAUCGACAACUUUGGACAGAAGGACAUACCCCUCAUACGACAAGGAAUAGCUAAGUUGCUGAGGGGGUUGUAUGGGUAUGGGAACUGGGAUGAGGCAGACGGCAACGGUUCAAGAGGCUCCGAUACUGGCAGUGGUGUGUUUCAUCAAGCAAAAGCAUCACACAGUGAACCCGCUGCUGCCACGGCCGAAGUCAGGGUGAUGUCAGCUAUAGAGAUAAUGUGA